UGGCGGCCGGUCCCCAGUACGCGACGACACACGCACGCGGGCGGCUCUCUCGUGUGACGGGGCGCGAACAUCUACAGCACACACGUACGCGCAUACGUUACGAUACGCGCACGCACGCACCGGGUGACAGCGAGCACCGCUGAUCGCGACCAGUGAAUCGAAAUCGGCCGCACGUUUGUCGGUGUCGUUCGUCGCACGCGUACACCUAUCGCCGGCACCGGUCGCAAACCGUUCUCCAGCUCCGUUCCUCUCUCGCGACCCGACCGGUGUCCGCACAUCGUCCGCGACCGACGUACGCCGCCGUACCGCUCUUCGCGUUCCAUGUAAACGGCCGCGGGGGUACUCGCGCGCGACCCGGCCGGCGGGAAACACCGAGAUGCGGCCGGCCGCUGCUUUCGGUAAACCGUUUACUUACCUGGCGGCGGCGCCGCCGCCAACGCCACCUCCACCGUCGUCAUCAGCCGGUGCUGCUGACCAUCGCCAGUCGCAGCCGCCGCUGCAAACGCCGGUGUCCGCGUCCGUCUUGCACACGUUUAAGGGUACCACUGCGGUCGCCGUCAACACCACCACCACCAUCGGCGGUGGUGGCGGCGGUGGCAGCAGUGGUGCUCCGACACCACCGGUCAGGACGUCCACCGCCGCCGCCAAACAGAAACCGCCACCGGUGCCGCCCAGAGGCGAACAGACUCGGUUGACGACGGUGCCGGCCAAGAAACCUGCGGAACCGGUGGUGCAGUCGGCCAAGAAACCGCCCGAGCCUGUUGUGGUACCGUCCGCCAAGAUAUUGGAACCGGCCGCGGACACCCCGUUACCGCCUCCACCGCCCCCGCUUUCGCCACCACGGACGAUCGUUUCGUUGGAAAACUGUUCUUCGCCGGAUCGUCCGCCAUCGCCGCGGACGGCAACGGCCGAACCGGACGAAGACCUGUCCGCUUCGGCGUUAAUCAGCAAGUUCGAAAACGGAUGCGCCGUCAAACCCGCGGUGACCGCCACCGCGGCAUGCGAUCACAGGCCUCCCGUGGAAGUAGACUCGGGCACAUCCACGUUGGCCGAGAUCACGGACGACGACGAGAACGGCGUUGGUGGUGGUGAUGACGACGACGACGACGACGACGACGAUGACGGUGCCGCGGACAUAUGGGUGCGGACCAUCGAGUCCCCUGUGAAGAACAUGCACCCUCAAAAGGUCCGACACCAUUCGGACAGCGCGAUAAAGGCGGCCUCGGCCGUUUCGUCGUCACCGUUGGCCGAGAAACGUGGCAGCCUGCCGGCGGACGCGAUGGCGGCCGCCGAGAAGAAGAGUUCGCCGCCGUUAUCCGUCAAAGAUUCCACCUACAGGUCAUCGUUCCGGUCGUCGGCCGGAAACCGGUGUUCUUCGCCCGGCCUCGUCAACAACCAGCAAAACAAGUCGUCGUCCGACACCGGUGCCGGCCGGAAGAUCACCGCCGCCGAGGCGCUCGGCGUGGUGGCCAAACCGUGCCCGCGAAUCCUGCCGUCGUCCGCGUCCUUGGACGCGGCGUGCCGGCGCCAAUCGCUUGGGAAUCUCGCCGAGUCCAGGUUCGGCGCGAUGCUCUCGUCGUCGGUGCGUUCGUCGUGGGCACCACCGUCCGGCGUCCAGACGGACGUGGAGUCCACGCAGAGCGAGCCGUCGUUCGAUUACAGACGGAAGAAGUUCACGAAACGGUGUUCGAGCGCGGACGGCCGGAAUCCCGUGCACCAUCACCACCAUCACCAUCACUAUCACACGCUGUCCAGCACGCGGGUGACGGCGGCCCGGGAUCCGGACUUCGGUGCCAAACGUGCGUUUAUCCAGGAAAAGCUGCAGGCUGCCAGCACCAAACUGCAAAACGCCGGUAUUGUGCCGUGCGGGCUACCGCCCACGCCGCCGCCGCCGCUUGCGUACCAGCAGCAGAACGGCGGCGGCGCCGACUGUGGCAGACCGCCGCGGUCGUCGUCGUGCAACUGCGGCCAGCACCAGGCCACGUCCAGGCCCAUGUUCGUCAACAAACGGACCGUUUCGGCCGAAGAUUUGCUGCCACCGCCGGCCACCGUCACGGUGGCCGAGCCCGACCGGUUCACCGCCGCCGGCAGGCCGGUGUCCACGUCGUCGUCCUCGUCGUCCGGUGGCCGCGGUUCGUUCGGCCGAUCGCAACGCGUCACGUUCGCCCUCGAUCAACACCAACAGCUGUUCGGCUCGUCCCAGCCGCCGGGCGCCACCGCCGAACCGACUGCACCGUCGGCCAUCAAAAAGCCGUUCAAGAGCAAUUUAAAAGUCAAAGAAGCCGUCCCCGAACUGAACGUCCUCGGCACCAGUGCCAUCAACACCCGGUUGCCGCCGCAACACCCGCACCCGUACGGGCUGCCGUACAAGCUGCCAGUGGUCAACACUGACGUAUUGCAGAGCAAAGGAAAUCCGGCCGUAAUGAAAACGUUGCACAAGCCAAAGCAAUCAUCGUAUGGAGGUUCUCCGUCACCUGAUCUAAUGUUAAAAGAAGGAAAUCUUCGACGGAGUCGACCACAGACAAGCGUGCAGGAUGGUUGUGCCACUAUCAACGGUGGCCUAGGCCGACACUCGUCUUCCGCAUCGUCAUCUACUGGACUAGCGGACACGUCUGCCGAAACGGACAACACUUUGAUUUACAGAGACGGCAUUCUAUUGUCUGGCCCGUUGUCCAGUUUGAUCCAGCACAUAGUUCCUACCACGGAUUAUUAUCCGGAUCAAGCGUACCUGUUCGCAUUUAUUCUCAGCUCACGGCUGUUUGUGAAACCACACGAAUUACUGGCCAAAGUCGUAGCCGUGUGUCAUGCUCAGCAAAGGCUCGGCGAUCACGUGUCGGCCGCACAAAACCCCCACCACAAGGAUCAGCUGUCGCGGUUCGUGCCCCGACUGGUCCAAUUGUUGGCCGAGUGGACCGACAAGUUUCCAUACGAUUUCCGCGACGAACGGGUAAUGGCGCACGUCCGGGAGAUCACACACCAGUGCGUGUCCGUCGAGCCGGCCGUCCGGCACCAAGUGUCGGCCAUGCUGCAGACCCUGUUGCACCGACUCACCGCGCUCGACAAGUACGAAACAUUCCUGCAGCAGACCGGAACCGACACCACCGUCAACUCCGUGGACGCAUUGUCGCCGACGGACACGAUGGAAGUGUGUUCCAGCGCGUCAUUGCUGGGUGAACAGCUUACUCUCGUCGAGCUCGAGAGACUGUCGUUCAUUGGGCCCGAGGAAUUCGUGCAAGCAUUCGCAAAGGAUAGUCCUCACAUAGAUUCGUCUUUCAAGGACAUGAAGAAAACCAGAAAUCUCGAAUCAUACGUCCACUGGUUCAACCGACUCAGUUAUUUAGUGGCGUCGGAAAUAUGCAAACAUUCGAAAAAAAAGCAACGAGUUAAAACAAUCGAGUUCUGGAUCGAGACUGCGAGAGAAUGUUUCAACGUGGGCAAUUUCAACUCUUUGAUGGCCAUCAUCGCCGGACUCAACAUGUCACCGAUUAGCAGACUAAAGAAAACGUGGCAUAAAGUGCAACAGUCGGCCAAGUUUACCAUUCUGGAACAGUACAUGGAUCCGUCGUCAAAUUUCAGUAGCUAUCGAUCAACGCUGAAAGCGGCUUUAUGGAGAAGCGCCGGUGCUACCGAUCAACGUCAAAGGGUAGUCAUACCGUUCUUUUCGUUACUGGUCAAAGACAUUUACUUUUUAAAUGAAGGUUGCCGAAAUAGACUCGACAACGGCCACAUCAAUUUCGAGAAGUUCUGGCAGUUGGCCAAACAGGUAACCGAAUUCAUUUCAUGGAAACAAGCGGCUUGUCCGUACGAAAAAAACUCCAAUCUCGUAUUGUUUCUACUCACUACACCGGUGCUCAACGAGAAAGCGCUCACGUUACUGUCGUUUGAACGAGAACCGCCGGACAACAGCGUGGAAAAAGAACACUACAAAACUCUCAAGACUGCAUCAUAAAAUGCUGUAUUUUCAAUUUAUUAUUGAGUACACUUCUGGACUUUAUUUUCGACUUCUUCUAAAGUCUGUUUAAUUUAUUUUUAUUUUGUCAAAGCACAAAACGGUGUAAAUGUUUUCUUUUUUUUUUUUAUAUUAGCAUCAAUGUUUAUCAUUUCAUUAUUAUUGCACUAAAUGCUUCCAAUAUUAGUGUUGCGUUUUUAAACAAUGUAAAGUAAUGUGUAUUUUUACGAAAAUAAGUAAAAUGUCAAGAGAAAAAUAACUCUUGAAAGAUGUAAUAGGUUGUAUUUUUAUAUAAUGUACUUAAUCCGAUUAUAUU